AUGGCACUGUGUCGCACAGCCGCGGCGUGCAGCUUCACGCUGGGGCCCUACGCACGCCAUUUGUUUGACGAUCCAUGUGUUCUGGAUGUCUCCAUUUGUAGUAAAACUUCUUUCCCUUCCUCCUCUCAGACCCUUGAGGAUCUGAGUGUUGUUGUGCAGAUCAGUGCAGGUGGACUCACUGACCCAUUUGCACAGGUGUAUGCUCCUGAGGAACUUCGGUUUGUCUUGAGUUUGGUGUUCCGACAUGGAGAUCGAUCGCCGAUUGAGUCAUAUCCCCGAGACCCUCAUGGGGAGGAAGUGUGGGCUCAGGGCUUUGGACAACUCACUGAGCUGGGCAUGAAACAACAGUUUGAACUGGGCAGGUUUCUGAGGAGGCGAUAUGGAAACUUCAUUAGCGAGGACUACAACAACAAAGAGUUAUACGUCCGGAGCACCGACUAUGACCGAACUCUGAUGAGCGCCCAGGCCUGCCUUGCCGGGAUGUUCCCCCCAACCAGAAGGCCGCCUCCCAUCAUGCCCCAGUUACUGUGGCGGCCUAUUCCAGUGCACACCAUCCCCAGAGCCCAGGACAAGCUGCUGAGGUCUCCAGGCAAAGACUGUCCACGCUUCAGAGCUCUGAUGUCAGAGACAUUUGAGAGUCAAACCUACCAGAGGUUCCUCAGGGCCCACCAGUACUUUAUAGAGGGGCUCUCCAACCACACUGGCUACCCCGUCUCCAAACUGGUUGGCAAAAAAAUAUGGAGGGUGUACGACACUCUUACCUGUCAGAGGAUCCAUAACUUGACUCUCCCACGCUGGGCCACCCAAGACGUUCUGGACACCCUGAAGCGGGUAGCAUCAUUCGAGGUCAUGUACAGCAUCCUCAGUCACAAGCGCAAAGAGAAAGCCCGGCUCUCUGGAGGGGUGCUGCUCAACGCCAUCCUGAGGAAUUUCUCCAGAGUUGUAGAGCAAGGAAGCCCUCUCAGAUUCAUUAUGUACUCCGCUCACGACUCUACACUCAUCACCCUUCAGGCGGCUCUGGACGUCUACAACGGCCUCCUCCCUCCGUACGCCGCCUGUCAGCUCUUCGAGUUCUACCAGGAGUAUGAUGGCUCCUAUUCCCUUGAGCUUCACUAUCGUAAUGAGUCCUGGCGGGAACCUUACCCAAACCCAAUCCCAGGAUGCAACGGGUUAAACCCCUGUCCUCUGUCGCUGUUCAAUGAGCGGGUACGGGACGUGAUGGCAGAUGACUGGGAGGCUGAGUGCGGAUUCAGGACAAGAUGGUCGGGUGCAGGUGUUGUAACAGCCCUGGCAGUGGCUGUGGGUCUCCUGGCAGUGGCGCUGUUGUUCAGCAUAGGAGUAGCGAUCAGAAGGAGGAGAGCACACUACUCCAGGGAGGUGUAG